GACUCUAGGUGGGCAGACUGGGCGCUCUUCUUCCCUGACAGGAGUGUCACGAAUCGCGGGAGGCCCCGGCACCAAGAAGGUGAGGAGGCUAAGCUGGGGGCCUCGCGCCUGCCGCCGCCGCAGCCCCCACGCCGGCGUGCGCCCUCCGCGUGGGUCGCGGCUCUGCUCGAGCCGGACGCCGCGAGGAUUUAACGUUUAACGUUCAAGGCUCCCAGCGGCGGCGCUCUCGCAGACAUUCCCGCCUUCGCUAGCCCCUCACGCGGCGCCGCGCUGCGCYCCGCCCCCCCCCCCCCAGUUAUCCGCGAAGCCCCCAGUUCGCCGUAUCUAGAGUCUUGAUUCCCUUCGCAGCGGACCGCAGCCCCCCUCCCCGUCUUCAUCCGCCGCCGGAACCGCAGCCCAGCAUCUCCCUCGGUUCCCGAGCGCCGACUCGGAUUGGGGGUCGCCUUUCCCUCCGGGGGCUGGGCACCGGAUCACCGAGGUGGCCUUGGCGGGGUCAGCUCUGAUGUCAUCAGGGCCGGUGGCGCCUGCCCGGGCGCCACAACCGGCGAUUAGGAAGAAAAUGAAAACACUAGCAGAAAGGAGAAGGAGUGCUCCAUCUCUUAUCUUGGAUAAAGCUCUGCAAAAACGGCCUAGUACCAGGGAAAGUCCUUCUGCUAGUGUUGACACAUGUGCAUUUCUGUCAUCAUUUAUGUGCUCCAGUAGGACUCUGCUAAUUGAUGGUCGGGCAGAACUCAAAAGAGGCCUGCAGAGGCAGGAGAGGCAUCUUUUUCUUUUCAAUGAUCUGUUUGUUGUGGCCAAAAUCAAAUAUAAUAAUAACUUUAAGAUAAAAAAUAAAAUUAAAUUAACUGAUAUGUGGACAGCAAGCUGUGUGGAUGAAGUGGGAGAAGGUAACACCAAUGCCAUGAAAUCCUUUGUCCUGGGCUGGCCCACAGUGAACUUUGUGGCCACUUUCAGUUCUCCAGAACAGAAGGACAAAUGGCUCUCACUUCUUCAGAGAUACAUCAAUCUAGAGAAAGAAAAGGACUAUCCGAAGAGUAUUCCCCUCAAAAUCUUCGCCAAAGACAUUGGGAACUGUGCUUAUUCUAAAACUAUAACAGUAAUGAAUUCAGAUACAGCGAGUGAAGUUAUCAACAUGUCAUUAUCAAUGCUAGGGAUAACUGGCUCUGAGAGAGAUUACCAGUUAUGGGUCAAUUCUGGAAAAGAAGCAGCACCAUAUCCACUCAUUGGGCAUGAAUAUCCCUAUGGAAUUAAAAUGAGCCAUCUUCGAGACACUAUUCUUCUGGCACAGGGAUCAAAGGACUCUGCCUCCCCUUCCAACCUGCAAGAGCCCUUCCUUAUGGAACAACUGCCCCGAGAGAUGCAGUGUCAGUUCAUCCUGAAGCCCAGCCGCCUGGCUGUGGCCCAUCAACUGAGUGAUUCUGGUCAGAAGACAUUUAAAAGGAGAAGAUCUAUCAUACACUGGGCCUUUUGGCGGGGUUCUAGCACUCAUCUGGACAACUUGCCCACAUCACCAACAUCUCCUAUGUCGGGACAGCUCUUUGGAGUGUCUCUCCCAGAUGUUUGUGAGAAUGACAACCUGCCAAAACCUGUCUUGGACAUGCUUUUCUUUCUUAAUCAAAAAGGCCCCCUCACAAAAGGCAUCUUCAGACAGUCAGCCAAUAUGAAGUCCUGCAGAGAGCUAAAAGAGAAACUGAAUUCUGGAAUUGAAGUGCACCUAGACUGUGAAUCUAUUUUUGUGAUAGCGUCUGUCUUAAAGGAUUUUCUACGAAAUAUUCCAGGAAGUAUUUUUUCAUCAGAUCUCUAUGAUCACUGGGUCUGUGUAAUGGAUCAAGGAAACGAUGAAGAGAAAAUAAAUACAAUUCAAAGACUACUAGACCAGCUUCCAAGAGCCAAUGUUGUUCUCCUAAAGUAUCUGUUUGGAGUAUUACGUAACAUUGAGCAACAUUCCUCAUCCAAUCAGAUGACUGCAUUUAAUUUAGCAGUAUGUGUAGCUCCAAGCAUUCUUUGGCCUCCUACCUCCUCCAGCGCAGAACUAGAAAGUGAAUUUACAAAAAAGGUUUCCCUGCUUAUACAAUUUCUGAUUGAAAAUUGCUGUAGGAUAUUUGGAGAAGAAAUCACUUCCCUCCUGGGAGAAGUUUCAGUGAGAUGUGACACUAGAGAGAAUGUCCCAGAUAUCUCUUGCUUCCAACUGAAUGACUCCUCCUAUGACAGCUUGGAAAAUGAAUUAAAUGAGGAUGUUGAUGCUCCAUGCAGUGAUUUGGUACAGAAACUUGGUCAGGGUAGCAGAAGUAUGGAUUCUGUCUUAACCCUAAGUGACUAUGACUUUGAUCAGCCUGAGGUGGAAGGUCUUUUAACCUUGAGUGAUUUUGACUUAGACCAUUCUAAAGAUGAAGACAUUCAAAUGAAGCAGCCUCUUGAAACAAAGCCGGUGAACAUUUCAGGAAUGUAUAGAAAGGCUGCACUGGGGGAGCAUGCCAGGGCCCCAUCUGGCACUUGUUUACCCAGUUACCUGUCCACAACUACAACAGAUGCUCCAAAAAUCCUGCGGCGACACCGGCGCUGUUCAGAACCAAGCAUUGACUACCUAGACUCAAAGCUUUCCUAUCUCAGGGAGUUUUACCAGAAAAAGCUACGCAAGUCCAGCUGUGAUGUAAUCCUCUCUCAAAAAGAUGAGGACUGUCUGAAGCAGAAUCAGUCUCUCCAGGAAGAGAGUAGAACAUGUUCAGUAACAGGCACUGAUGUCAAUGAGAAGAAUGCCACAAAUCAGAACAUUAAGAAGAAAAGCUUCUCUGGUAAUGAAGGAAAUCAUGUGAAACUUUUCACUAAGUCUAAGCCCAUGGCCAUUUCUGUGGCAUCUUAUAGUCAUAUACCCUCCCGGGAUCAUUCCAGGAACCAAACCUUUGAUCCAGAUUCAUCUAGAUACUCCCCACCACACACAGCAGAUGCCCUCAAGAGUUCAAGGACACAUCGGCGCUGCUCAGAGCCCAACAUAGAUGACCAGAACUGCAAACUGACCUAUCUCCGAGGGAUUUAUUCAAAGAAACAACAUAAAACCAGCUGUGAAGCUGGUCUCUUGCAUGGAGAGGAGGAUUAUCUCAAACGGCAUAAGUCUUUGCAAAUGGAGGGGCAAAAGCUUAUCAAUCAGAGUUUAGUCAUGGGGAUUGAGGUGGGCAAGAGCAGUUCCACAAACCAAAGCACUGAGAAGGUUUUACCCCCUAGACUAAACCUUGGCCCCCGAGCCAGCUAUUCCAGCUUAUCUUCACCAGGCACUUCCCCAUCUGGCUCUUCAGUAAGCUCCCAGGACAGUGCUUUUUCUCAGAUUUCUGAACAGUCUGUGUUCACGCCCACUGAAACUUCCUCUCCAAUAGAUUGCACUUUUCAGGCUCAAAGAAAGCAAGAAGAGCUUUCUUCUGACUUUAGUAGUUCUAGCUUCAUUUCUGGAAUGCCUGGUCCCUCAACAGGGCAGGCCAGCAAUCAACCAGCUUAUACAAAAAAGGACAGUACUGUAGAGUGGCAUUCACAAAUGCAUUCUGUAACUCUUCAUCCCAGCACAUGGUUGAGAAAUGGUGUGGCCAGUUUGAAAAACUGGUCUCUCAAAAAGAAAGUAAAGGCAGCCAGACCAGAGGAAAAGAAAAUCUGUCCCCUAAAAGUACCCUUGGAGUUACCUCCUCAUGCUUCUCAUGCCAGCUCACUGCAAGAAAGACAGAAAGACAUACCCUUCCAGGUAGCUGAAGGAUUUGGAGCUAUGCAGACAGCCCAGUGGUAUAGUUCUUAUCCCUGUCAGGAUUCAGAGAAACACUGUGGCUCUCCAUUCAGCCUAGUGGAAAGCAAACUCAAGCUUUGUACAAAGUCCCACGAGAGAGGAGAGAGGGGAGGGCACUCUUCUGCUGGUUCCCUGGCUUGGGGAAGGGCCUCAACCAGCUCUGUAACUGUGGAAGAUGUGGAUAGCCCAGAUGCAGGGCCUGUAGUGGUGUGUGAUGAUGGGGACAGACAUUUAACCAAAGACAUUUAACCACAGUAAGAGUCUGAUGUCUGCAAGAACAGAAACUUAGCUAAUAAUAACAUAAAGACAGUAAUUAUUAUGACCUCUUUUUAUAAAAUAUCUGAGAUAGGUAACAUAAGGAUAAUCAUUGCUAAUACUUAGGACAACAAAACACUUCUUUCUAUUGAGACAACUUGUCAAAAACUGUAUACUAAAAUUUUCAGCAUCUAAUGUUUUGGAGGUUUUUCCUUUUUAAAACGUGGGAUUGAUCCUGUUAUGAGAUUUUAAGAGAUGCAUGCACAGGGCUAGAGAAAGUGCCCUCUGUAGAAGCCUACCUGUGUCAACAAGUGUGAGAUCAGUGUUCUGAGAAGACCAACAUAUCAUAAAUUGAAGAAUCAGAGACGGAGAGAGAAGGGAAUGGUAUAAAGAAACCAUCCACUUUCUGUGGGAUGUUUUUAAAUAAGUAGGCAAGAAAAAAGACCACUAAUCAAAGCAUUAAGAAGAAAAGCAUGUAUGGUAAUGGAGGAAAUCAUGUAAAACCUUUCCCUAAAUCAAAACCUGUUUGUUCUAAGAAACUUCUUAUAGGUGAAUAGUUAGAAUGAAGGAAGAUGCACAUCUCUUUUUAGUGAUAUGCCUCCAAAUUGGUUGGGGAGGCCUGAUAAUUUAUUUCCAGAUGAGGGGAUGUAACCGUUAUAACCUUUAAAGAAAGAGAAGAAAGGUCUAUGGAUAUAAUAUGAAAUAGAGAUCUAUGUAAACCAGAGUCAAGAGACAAGAACAUGGUGGGGGAAAGGGUGUAAUUAAAAUGAUUAGUGCAAACAGGGUCAUGUCCCUUAGGGGUAGCACCUGUAGGUCCAAAGAGCUUAUGACACUGGCCAUCUCAGUCACAGAUGUGUGAAGUAGAUUUCACCUUAUAACCAACCACUCCCAUAUUAAUACUAUAUGUCCAUAUGCAUCUUUUAUUGUAUAAUUAAUAUAUUAAGUCAGCAGGGACUCCCCUUACCCUUAGGCAUACUACUGGCAGAAUUGCAAGAUGUGAAUGAAGCUUUUAGAGUGUCUUUCUGGAAUAACUUACUUCUGUACUUACCAAAAAUAAUAGUUGUAGCCUUUUUUCUUUCAUAUUGACAAAUAGAAAAAUUACCCACCUAAUUUGAAGCAUAGAAGAAAAUAGUUGCUAAGGUUCUUUAAUGACUAUUCCCACUCUGCUCCCUUAGAUACUUAAUGUGAAUAGUCUGUUAAUAUUGCUGUAAAGUAUUAUAUGAUUUGAAGCAGGUUACAUGUCAUUUUAUUAUACUUCAUCAAUCUGUAAUAUAUUAGACUGAUGCUUUAAAAUGCUUUGAGUUUGUAUAAUAUAUCUUGACAAAUUUUAUUACCACAUGUUAUGUAAUAAAUGUGUAUUUUUGUACUUGCAGAAACUGCUGCUAACUUUUAAAGUUGUUUGAUUUUCAAGGCACUGAUAAUGGAUAUGUAUGACUUCCAUGCUGUCUGUUAAAUAAAAUGCCAUUCUACAGAGUUCACAGUCCCAUCAGAGAAAUAUUGACAUUGGGGAGUUGUUUUAGUCUAUGAACUUUAUCUCUGCCUCACAGCGAAAUUUCUUGGGAUAUAGUUAAUGCUGAUUUGGAUCUUUGAGCGUUUAGAGUAGGGUUUUUUCUCUUUUAUAUUUUUAAAAUCAUUUACCAAAUGAGUCAUGUUUUAGAUGCAGAAUCUGCAUUUUUAUCAGGAGUUAUUGCACCCCAGGAAUGACAUAUCCUAUCAGGUGCUCUAACUUGGUAGUCAGGACUACAAUUCCACUUUCAGAAGUGUGAAUAGUUAUGUUUGGGCAAUAUGUACAUACACUGAUACUAAUUUAUACCUAAAUUUUAUAGAAAUAAGAUAAUUUUGCCUUUAAAAAGACUCAACUCAUAGUUUUCAGUAGUUUUAGAAGUUAUCUAUCAAAGAAUCAUCAGUUCAAUUUAAUUGACUGUGUGAGACCUUCUAAUGGUCUAAGAGUGAAUCAUUUCAACCAGAGUACCCAGUUGACUUUAGACACACCAUGACAUUAGUGCUCUUCAGGUUAAUGUGUUAAAUAUGACCGGUUUUUCAUGAGUGCUAUAUGUUUUCCUUCUUAAAACUCAUUCAAGUCUCAUUUGUACAAAUUUAAUUCAUUUAAAGGGGAAUCAAAAAAAGUAUAUUACCUUAGUUCAGAAAAUUAUGUGCUCUAACUUGGUAGCAAGGACCACAAUUCCACUUUGAGAAGUGUAAAUAUUUAUGUUUGGGCAAUAUGUACAUACACUGAUACUAAUUUAUACCUAAAUUUUAAAGAAAUAAGAAUUUUGCCUUUAAAAAGACUUAAACUCAUUGUUUUCAGAUUUAGAAGUUAUCUUUUUUGUGUUUUUAUACUUUGUGUGACAUAACAUUGAAUCAAAAGGAUGUAAUAUAUCCUUCACCCAAUGACUUAUUUUUUCUGUCGAAAAACUUUUAAAAACAUAUCUUCAUCAAUUCUGCUGGAAGUAUUUAACUUCUAUUUUCCUACCAGGUUGUAUUUUGAAAACGGCCUAUUUUAAUGCAAAGAAAAAUUCAUUACCAAGAUACUGUUAGUAAACAAGUUCUAUUCCCUGAAUAAUAAAGUUGUGUAAAAUGUUCA